AAGGCAGGGGUGUUUUUAUUUCCCUUUAUUGUGUCAUAGUUGAGUGUAAAAGGUUUAUUAAGAUUAGAGCAUGGAACAUAUUAUUGGAGGAAAAUUCAAGCUUGGUCGGAAGAUCGGGAAUGGAUCGUUUGGUGAACUUUAUUUAGGAGUUAAUGUGCAAAGUGGAGAGGAAGUGGCUGUUAAGCUGGAACCUGUCAAGACCAAGCACCCUCAACUUCACUAUGAGUCAAAGUUGUACAUGCUUCUUCAAGGAGGGACGGGUAUUCCUCAUUUAAAAUGGUUUGGAGUUGAGGGUGAAUACAAUGUUAUGGUUAUUGAUCUUCUUGGGCCAAGUCUGGAAGAUUUAUUCAACUAUUGCAAUCGGAAGUUUUCUUUAAAAACGGUUUUAAUGCUUGCAGAUCAGAUGUUAAAUAGAGUUGAGUAUAUGCACUCUCGUGGUUUUCUUCACCGCGACAUAAAGCCUGAUAACUUUUUGAUGGGUUUAGGGCGCAAAGCAAAUCAGGUAUAUAUAAUUGAUUAUGGCCUUGCAAAAAAGUAUAGGGAUCUUCAAACACACAAGCACAUACCAUACAGGGAAAACAAGAAUCUUACGGGGACAGCUCGAUAUGCAAGUGUUAACACUCACCUUGGAGUUGAGCAAAGCAGGAGGGAUGAUCUCGAAUCUCUUGGUUAUGUGCUUAUGUACUUCCUUAGGGGAAGCCUUCCAUGGCAGGGCUUGAAAGCUGGCACCAAAAAGCAGAAGUAUGACAAGAUCAGUGAAAAGAAGAUGCUUACCCCCAUAGAGGUCCUUUGCAAAUCAUAUCCUUCUGAGUUCACAUCAUACUUCCAUUAUUGUCGAUCAUUACGGUUUGAAGAUAAACCGGAUUUUUCAUACCUGAAGAGGCUGUUCCGGGACCUUUUUAUUCGAGAAGGUUAUCAGUUUGACUACGUAUUUGAUUGGACUAUGCUGAGAUAUCCGCAAGUUGGCUCUAGCUCAAGAGCACGGCCAAGCCCAAAGCGGGGUUUAAAUCCCCCAGGAGUAUCUGCUGAAAGAACCGAGAGGCCUUCAGUUGGCCAAGAGAUUCGUGAAAGAUUCUCUGGUGCUGUUGAGGCUUCUGCAAGACGGAAUGGACCUGGGCAUGGUGAUCAGUCUCGAUACAGAUCUUCAGAUGAUGUGCCAUCAUCCAAAGACGUGCAACCUGAUUCAGAUAGGGCUCAGUCUUCCUCGAGAAACGGUAGUACUUCAAAGAGGCCUGUUGUUUCAGGCAGCCGGCCUGGCUCCUCUGGCGAGCCUAGUGAAAACCGUUCUAGCAGAUUGGUCUCAAGCGGCAGUCGCCUGUCAACCACUCAGAGAGUUCAACCCGGAUUUGAAUCCAAAUCAUCAUCUUUCACUCGUGCUGCAGCCACGAAAGGUGGUCGCAUUGAUGCCCUUCGGAGCUUUGACUUCUUAACAAUCGGAAGCGGGAAAAGAAAAUAAAUGGUAAACACAUCUAGUACUCAAGGAUUUGCUUAUUAUGAAGAUCUCGGCGCAAUAACUGUAUUUACAAACAGUUUACUCUGUAUAUCUGUGUCCUCGAUUUGGUUUCAUCCGCAACUGCAACAAUCUCCCCCAAAGAAGUUCCUACCCGGGGAAAAACUCGUCAAACUUCUUCCUCGUGCACCCUUAAUCAGGUAUUCUUGCCAUUUCCAUGUUUCUAGAGUGUCAUUAAAGAAAGAAAUGAUAUCAUGGUCAUCACCUCAGUAAAUUGUUCGUAUAUUACGAAGUUCCAACUAUUAAUUCUAGCUGUAAUAAACACUUGAUGUUUCCUUUAUUUCAUUAGAAGCAAACAAGAAGAAUGCCUACAAUGUACAUUUUGU